AUGGAUCCGAAAGAAAGGAGAGAAGAUGCUGGUGAGGAUCGUCACCCAGAAUCAGAAGAAGAAGGUUCAUAUGGAGAAGAAAAAUCGAGUGAACUCAGAAAGGAAGAAUCUUCGAACUCGUUCGUGAGUGCGGAAGAAGAUCCAGAAGAAGACCCAUCAGAAGAAUCUCGCAAAAAUCCGAGAGAGAUUCGACGAACUAGCAAGAAAGAAACAGCGGGUAAUGAAAUCCAAGAACUCGAUAGCCCAGAGGAGAAGAUUCAAGGAACAGACGCGGAGAUCCCAGAAGAAUUCCAGGAAGGAAACCCUAGGAUCGAAGAUGAAUGCAAGGAAAUUGAGGAUCUACAAACCUCUCUGCCUCCAGAACAAGUUGAUACGGGUAAACUUGAUGAACUCUUCACUUACUCUAAUAGAGAUAUAGAGGAAAGUACGGAUAGUGAGCCUAGGUUGAGAAGAAAAAACACAAGAAGGUGUGUAGAUUUUGAUGUGAGUGUAGAGAAUAUAGAAUCUGGGAAGGAUGUGAGUGAUACAUCCAAACAAAUGGAGAAAUUGCCCUCAGUUCAAUUAGGGCAGGAGAAAUCGAAGGAUGCUGAAAUCGAAGUGGUUGCGGACUCAGCAACGGAAACAGAAGUACUGAAAUCAAAGGAGGAUGAUGAACCUGAGGUGGACUCACGUGCUCAAAAGGUUGAAAGCAAGAAACCUAAGGCAAAGAGCGCUGAGAGAAAGGGCAAAGUGUCUGACUCUCGAGUGAUAGCUGAACAGAGAGCACGGACCAGAUCUCAAUUGGCUGCAAAACCAGUGACAACUGCUAAAAGUCCUCCUAAGAAGAUACAAAGGAAGACAAAAUCACAGCCUGCGUUGGUGAUUGCUGAGCAUAAAACUCCGAAGAAAGCUGAGAAAAGAAAGGCUGGACCAGCAAAGGACAUGCCCCGAGCAAAAUCCUCAAAGGUUUCUGAGGAAUACCAAAAGGAGAAACUAAAGGGGAAGAGAAAGGUUCAUGAAGAGAGUGAGAUACCCAGUUCUCCUUCUGGGUCCGAAGAUGAGGAACUACUGGCGAGCCUGUGCAUGUCUCAUCACUUUGUUGAUGAGAAAUCUGAACAAAGGUUCAAUGACAUGAAGAAUCUCAACACGAUUGUGGAGAGGAACGUGAAUGUCAGCAAUCUCAAGGAGCAAGGGAUAUGGGACAUCCUAGAACGUCUGAAUCUAGAAGAGACAGUCACUCAUGCAUGUCGUCACAGCAAAAUUCUGAUCAAAGAAUUUUAUGCAAACAUCACGAAGAAGAUUGUGAAGGCUGGAGAUCCAAUGUACCAUUGGGUGUACAUAAGAGGGAAGAUACUGCACUUUUCUCCAGCUGUAAUCAACAAGUUUUUGGGCUUGAAGAACUCAGUUGUGCCUAUCAUGGAUGAGCUGGACAGGGAGAUUGACCAGAAAGAGCUGGAGAUAGCUCUCACUGACACCUUUGAUGAAAAGAGGAAAGGAGAAAUAACCCCAGUGGAGCUAAACUUUGAGGCUUCAGUACUGUUCAAAAUAGCCAGAGCUAACUGGUUACCAACCCAGCGAUCAAGUCUGAUCCACAAGAGGCUAGCAGUUUUCAUCUACUGUGUGAAGAAAGGGAUAAAGAUCAACUAUGGAAACAUGAUCUUCGAUCAUAUUCUGGAAAGAGCACUGAACUUCAGAGCAAGGUUCAGAUUACCUUAUCCCUGCCUAAUUCAGAGCAUCCUCACCAAGCAGUGCCCGGAACUCAUUGACCCAAAGGAAAACACUGAAGUAAUUCAGAAACACUUGGUGGUUGAGACAAGAAUCAAAAGGAAAAAGGGUAAAGGAAAGAAGGACUACAAGAAGAUGCUGGAGACCCUCAAAGAUGCAGAAAAAGCAUUGAUAAAGAUGGAGCUCGGACUAAGGAAGCAGGCAACACAUUGUCAGCAAAUCCGUGCAACAGUCCACGAAUAUGUUGAAGCAACUCUGAGUAAUGUGUUCAUUAUUCAUUCAGAAGGAAAUCUCGACUCAGAAGAAGAAGACUCGAAUGAGGAGGACGAAGAAGAGGAUUCUGAGAUGCCUAAGCCGACGCCUAAGCCGAUCCCUAAGAAGGUCGAAACAUCCCGGAAGUCAGGAACAAGCAGGAAGACAAGGAAAGCAAGGAGUCCUUCAGAUGAUGACUCAUCUCUUUGUUUCUAA